UCUUUAGCACACAAUGGGCACGGAAACUGAUAUUGUCGCCAGAUUUGACAUCCACUUGGAUGCUGGAGAUGAGCCAACUUUCAAAGGAGGAGAGCUGAUCACUGGUAAACUGCUCAUCGAGCUGCGCAAACCAAUUAUAAUCAAUGCGGUGAAGUUGCAAAUGAAAGGCAGAGCCGCGUGGCUGAAUGAUCCACUAAAAAAAGACGAUAUAGAAAAGGUUUACUUUGACCAAGACUUCACACUGCUAGAACGUCCACCAGGCAAGCCAGAGCCUGGACAUUUCCAAUGGAUUGGGGAUUUCACCUACAGUCUACCAUUCGAGUGCCCUCUUCCGAAAGGAUGCCCAAGCACGUACGAAGGACCACACGCCUUCAUUAGAUACUUUAUUCGCGCUAGUUUAGUCCAAGAAGAUGAAUUUGAAAAAAUUCACGAAUACUAUGUGAAAAAAGCGUUUACACUGGUUUCACCAUCCGAGGGCCACAUUGUUACCGGCGAAGCUGCACAAACAGAUGAUUCAGCAAUUCUUGGAAAGUGCUGCUGCAAAUCAAAGCUGGCUGCAGAGCUUGCACUCUCAAAAACUGGAUAUUUGCCUGGCGAAGCUAUUUAUGGAAACUUGAAAAUUGGAAGCAAGCAUCCCAAGGAUAUUCUUAAUCACAUGGAGGCUCGUCUUGUAGACCGCGUUCGUCGAGUCGGUGCUCCAGAAAUCUCAGCAGCAUCUCCAUGGAGAACACUUCUUGUCAGAAAAUUAGAGUCGAAUCAAGAAACUCCAGCCAAAACGAAGGGAGCUAUUGAGCAAUCUGGGCUCUUCCUUCUUACAGUACCACCAGUCUGUCCAAGCACAAAGGGAGAUUAUGAGGAUCCAUCAAAGAUUGAGCAUAUCCUGAGUCCAUAUGGAAAACUAUUGGAGAGCCCAUCUACAGCUACAUUACGAUUCCGCAAGAUUCCAUUCCUCAAAGUAGAAUAUGGAAUUCAAGUGACUCUUGGAACAGAUAUUCUACUCGAAAUUCCAAUCGAAAUUGGAGAGCUCUCUACAAGAGACAAGAGCAACACAUUAGAAUCAUUCGUGACAGGACCACAACCAGUUGAGGAAGCCGACGAGAAGGGUAAGAUUGCUGUCAAUGGACCGUUCGUCUACACUCCAGUCUAUCCAUACCCUCAAAAUGCUGGAACUAAUGGAAAAGCUGCCAGUGUAACAGUCAUCAGCACAGAGCCCAGUCUUCCUCACAGCAUGUACGAGCCAGAGAAAACUAUCGUGACUACCACGCGCACAAUAGUCACCCAUUCUGAUGGCCACGAGUCGAAGACAAUGGAAGAAACAGUUGUGGAGACGGAAGGCGAAGUUGUGAAAACAGUGUUGGAGAGCACAGUCAAUGAUGAUGGUAUGAAGACGGAGAAAGUUGAGACGACCACAAUAGACGCAUCUGGAGAUGAGAAAACUACUGUAGAGACAUCAAAGACCCGUGUGGCGGAGAGCGCUGAGGUUCCAGAGAUUAUCAAGGAAGCCAGAGAAAGAAUUGAAGAGCUUGUUGAGCAUCAAUUGCAUCACUCCCCAGAGCACUCUCCAGCCACCCCAACAGUCGAGCCAAUUGUAGAAACCAUCGUGAACGAGAAUGGAGAAGAAACGAUCGUAUCCACAGAAGUCAUUGAACACGGAGAUACGAAAACGAUCAAAACGACGACGGUGACUAAGCACGCGGAUGGAUCCGAAUCCACAUUGGUCCAGGAGAACACCACUACUGAAACUGUCACAACGACACUGGAGGAAUAGAUUCACUCAGAUAUCUCAUAAUACAAAAACCACUGAUGUUAUGUUCUGUAUUUUUAAUCAGUAAUUUUUCGUUGUCAGAACACUAUUUCAAUUUUUCUGCUGCCCUCUUUCCAAAAAUGUUGUUUCCAAAGAAUCUUCCUUUUUUCUGAAAUUAAAAUUAAACGAGCCCUAUCCUUAUAUUGUCGGUAUUUUUGAUUUGUCAUUCUUUUUUAUUGAGCUCGUUCAAGAUCAUAAGUUUUUUUUUUGGAUUCCAGGCGCCACAUCCGGUGAUCCGUCACCAUUAUUUUUUUCUCUGCUUUUUAUCCCAAAUACCAACCAAUUCUCUGAACUGUCUCUUUCAUUGUUCCCUUUUUUUACAUUUUAAAGUUUUUGUUCACAUAUCCGUAACAAUUUUUGUGAACGUUUUUACUCUGCAAUCAAAAUAUUCGAAAAAUUAUGUUUUUCUUACUAUAAAUUUGCUUUGCCUACAAGAAAUUUCGAAUUUGAACA